UCUUGCUUUCGAAAUCACGCUCAGUUUAUACGUAUAUCAAUUUCAAUAUAAUCGAAGAGUUAGCUGUGGUGCAUAAUUUGCGUAAAGAAACAUGACAUCGACGACGGCGGUUACCCUGAACUCUUUCAUGAGAAUCGUUGUUUUAAUGCUUUGCCCAGCUAGUCACCACUUUGUUCCGAUACAAAGUACCUUACGUGCGGAUGGCGUUGAAAAGUAUAUUAUUACCAGGAGCGAGAGGACCGACAACGACGUAUUCAAGGUUAUUUACAAAACUGGCUUCAAGUGCCCACAAGACGUUUGUGAAAACUCCUCUGCUUGGGCGAACAACACCGCACAGUGCACCUGUUCAUGUAAGGCCGACACUGCUACCUUCCUCCCACUAAUAGGAAGUUGUGGUGAUACAGCAAGUAUAAAAACAUCUCUGUUUGGAAAUUGCUCAGAAGCGCUUGGUUUGGAAAGUAGGAAAAUCAGUAGUUCCCAACUACGUGGGUCAGAUAGUUUUGCAGGUUUUGUUCCUUCGGAGGGAAGACUGAAUAAUGAUAAGGCCUGGUGCUCCAGAAGGAGUCAGCAAUUUUUUGAGAUCGACUUAUUGGAGGUCAGGCAUGUCUCAGCCCUUGCAACUCAAGGAUACCGAGGUGUGUCUAGUAACUAUGUCAAAACAUAUGAGAUGGCGUACAGUUAUGAUGGUGUAACAUGGUCUGACUACCAAGAUGAAAAUGGUCGCAAAAAGAUGAUAUCGUGA